AGUAGCAAAAAUAUCAAUUUUUUUUUUUAAAAAAAAUUAUGGGUCAUGUGCAUUGCAAUGGUAGCUUUGAAAGCCAAAGUAUAAAUUUUUUGCAAAUUUUAGGUAUGACAAGCGUGUCACCAGCUAAACCUACGGAACCACGACAAGUUUGUAAAAUUGUAUUGAAUGAUGAAAAAUCAGAGGACAAAAAAUUUAAUGGUACUAGCAAAAUUGAUGGAUGCUACCAAAUAGUAAUGUACUAUGAGAAUGUAGAAGAAGAGGAUCAUGAUUGGUCUAUAACUGGUUGGAUUGUUGAGUCACUAGCUAGGGCCUUGUUGGAUCAACCUUUACUAGCUGGUCGACUCAAAAAAGUUGACAAAAAUGGAUUUGAAAUUGUGUCCAAUGAUUCUGGCAUUAGACUCUUGGAGGCUCAAUAUUCUACCACUUUGUUUGAGUUUCUUGAGAUGAGUAAAAUGGAACGUGGUCAUCAUGAAGCUGAGCUUGUUUUUUGGAAUGAAAUUGAUGCACACUUUCCUCAGUUCUCUCCACUCUUUUAUGUUCAGGUGACCAACUUUAACUGUGGAGGAUACUCAAUUGGCAUUAGUUGUAGCCUCCUCUUGGCAGAUAUUUUUGCAAUUGAAAAAUUCCUUAAGAAAUGGGUACAAAUACACAACAUGUUACCCUCAUUAAUCUCAAAUAAAGAACUUGACACACCCAUAUUUAACCACCCUCGUAUGAAAAAACCCAAUAACCCCCCAUUUGAGGAUUUAAUUAGCCACACUAAAAGCAAAAACAAAGUUCAAAGUGUGGCAUUCAAAGUCACUACUAAGGAUGUAAAUUUUAGCAAAAAAUUGUGGAGGGAACUAGCCAUGCUUUGCAUUGAAGAAGUGGAACAAAAGCUAGACACAAAGAUGGGCUCUAGUUUUACUUUGGUUGUUAAAGAAUCCUUGAAGGUCAUUGAGGUAGAAAGUUUUACAAAGAAUGGAUACAUUAGGAAGGAAUUGGGCCUUAAUAAUGAAAUCAUUUGCACCACAUCAUGGAACGAUUUUGGACUUUAUGAGGUUGUUUUUCAUGAAAAAAAUAAGCCUGUCCAUGUUUCUUGUUGGAUUGGAUCGAUUCCUAAAGCAUGUGUCAUGGUAGUCCCAGAGGAGAAUGCAUGUGAUGUGAUCGUAGUUUCACCGAGUUAAAAGGAACUCGUGCUUGCAUGUGAUUAAAUAUAUGUUUGGAUCGAUCAACUGAGACAUAUAAAAUAUAUUUCUCAAUCGACCAAUUUAAACAAAAAUUAAUAGCUUUUUGAGAAAACAUGAAAUAAAAGACAGAACUCACUCAAACGAAAUAUUUGAUCGCGUAUUAAUAGUGGUUUUAAAGUAUCUAAAUCGUUUAAUAGUUAGAUAAUAUUUUUAAGUAUAAUAAUAAGUUGGUAGUUUCAGUAGGAAAAAUUAGUAGCAAUAUAUUUGUAGACUAAAUUUUGUGUGUGGAAGGUCUAGUAAUAUAUUUAUAACAAUAUUUUGUCUUUGA